AUGUCAGAUUUCCCACCUAACUUGUCCAUAAGGCCUUUAACUAUUGAGGACCUUGAUCAAUGCGUUCGUUUAGAAAACCGAGGAUUUUCAGAAUCCGAAAGAUGUUCGCCCGAGAAAUUUAAAUAUAGAUUAACUACAUGUCCAGAGUUAUGCUCAGGUUUAUUUAUUAGAGAAUAUAUCCCAAAAUAUAAUGCUAUUAAUUUGCCUGAAGUUGCUAAGCAAAAAGAGAAGGAAAUUGCUCCAGAGGAAACGGAAGAUGAAAACCUCGAUGAAUUACCAUACGAAUCGUCCGUCGUCCAAGAAACUUUAAUUGGACAUAUAAUUGCCACUAAGACUUAUUCUUCUACCAUAACUGAGUCAAGCAUGGAAGUUUCGUCGAGUGAAGAUCCAACGGCCGGGCAUUUUGAACAUUCAAGAUUCAUUGGUAUCCACGCGUUGGUCAUAGAUCCAGAAUGGCAAGGUAAGAACUUAGGUACCUUAUUGAUGCAUGACUACAUUCAAAAAUUAUCCAAUCAAGAUUUAGGAGAUAAGGUUAUCAUUAUUGCACACAAAGAAUUGGUUCCAUUCUAUGAGAAAAUAGGAUUCCAUAAUUUAGGUGAAAGUGAAUGCAAAUUUGCUAAUACCAAAUGGUUUGACCUCGCUAUUGAUUUAGUUCCUGAACAGGAUGAUUAA